AUGAGGCCUGAUGAGAUCAGUGACCCUGAGCCCCCUACCCGUCUUCUCCAGGUAUCCCCACUCUUCGGCACCAUCUAUGACGCCGUCUUCUUGUUGGCUGGGGGCGUGGCCCGAGCGCGGGCGGCCGCAGGUGGCAGCUGGGUGUCGGGAGCAGCCGUGGCCCACCACGUCCAGGAUGCCCAGGUCCCUGGCUUCUGUGGGGCUCUGGGAGGAGCUGAGGAGCCUCCGUUUGUACUACUGGACACAGAUGCGGCUGGAGACCAGCUGUUCGCCACAUACGUGCUGGACCCCACUCGGGGCUCCUUCUACUCCGCUGGGACCCCAGUGCAUUUCCCUAGAGGGGGAAGGGGGCCUGGGCCUGACCCUUCGUGUUGGUUUGACCCAGACGUCAUCUGCAACGGAGGUGUGGAGCCCGGCCUCGUCUUUAUCGGCUUUCUCUUGGUGGUUGGGAUGGGGCUGACAGGGGCCUUCCUGGCCCAUUAUUUUAGGCACCGGCUACUUCACAUCCAGAUGGUCUCUGGCCCCAACAAGAUCAUCCUGACUCUGGACGAUAUCACUUUCAUCCACCCACAAGGGGGAAGCUCUCGAAAGGUGGCCCAGGGAAGUCGACUGAGUCUGGCCACCCGCAGCGUGUCAGACAUUCGCAGUGUCCACAGCCAGGCCCCGGACAGCACAAACAUUGGCCUCUAUGAGGGAGACUGGGUUUGGCUGAAGAAAUUCCCAGGGGAUCAGCACAUAGCUAUCCGCCCAGCAACCAAGACUGUAUUUUCCAAGAUCCGGGAGCUCCGGCAUGAGAACUUGGCCCUCUACCUGGGGCUCUUCCUGGCUGGGGGAGCAGGCGGCCCUGCGGCCCCCGGGGAGGGCACGCUGGCUGUGGUCUCAGAGCACUGUGCCCGCGGCUCCCUCCAAGACCUCCUCGCCCAGAGAGACAUAAAGCUGGACUGGAUGUUCAAGUCCUCCCUCUUGCUAGACCUCAUCAAGGGAAUAAGAUAUCUGCACCAUCGAGGCGUGGCUCACGGGCGGCUGAAGUCACGGAACUGCGUGGUGGACGGGAGGUUCGUGCUUAAGAUCACGGACCAUGGUCAUGGGCGACUGCUGGAAGCGCAGAGGGUGCUACCGGAGCCUCCCAGCGCGGAGGACCAGCUAUGGACAGCCCCGGAGCUGCUUCGGGACCCGGCCCUGGAGCGCCGGGGAACGCUGGCCGGGGACGUCUUCAGCCUGGGCAUCAUCAUGCAGGAGGUGGUGUGCCGCAGCGCCCCCUACGCCAUGCUGGAGCUGACUCCCGAGGAAGUGGUGAAGAGGGUGCAGAGCCCCCCUCCACUGUGUCGGCCCUCAGUAUCCAUGGACCAGGCGCCCAUGGAGUGCAUCCAGCUGAUGAAACAGUGCUGGGCAGAGCAGCCGGAACUUCGGCCCUCCAUGGACCGCACCUUCGACCUGUUCAAGAGCAUCAACAAGGGCCGGAAGAUGAACAUCAUUGACUCGAUGCUGCGGAUGCUGGAACAGUACUCCAGUAACCUGGAGGACCUGAUUCGAGAGCGCACAGAGGAGCUGGAGCUGGAAAAGCAGAAGACAGACCGGCUGCUCACACAGAUGCUGCCUCCGUCUGUGGCUGAGGCUCUGAAGAUGGGGACACCUGUGGAGCCUGAGUAUUUUGAGGAGGUGACACUUUACUUCAGUGACAUCGUGGGUUUUACCACCAUCUCAGCCAUGAGUGAGCCCAUUGAAGUGGUGGACCUGCUCAACGACCUCUACACGCUCUUUGAUGCCAUCAUUGGCUCCCACGAUGUCUACAAGGUGGAGACAAUUGGGGACGCCUAUAUGGUGGCCUCCGGGCUGCCCCAGCGGAACGGGCAGCGACAUGCAGCAGAGAUCGCCAACAUGGCUCUGGACAUCCUCAGUGCCGUGGGCUCCUUCCGAAUGCGCCACAUGCCGGAGGUGCCUGUGCGCAUCCGCAUCGGCCUGCACUCGGGUAACUCCCCGCCCUCCCAGGUUCCCCAGCCCAUCUCCCUCUUUAGGGCAAACUCGGGGAGUGAUGGGGCAGGGGCUGUUCUUGAAGCCACCUUUGCCCACCAGGCACUCCUGUCUUACCGCAUCCACGUGAACAUAAGCACCGUGAGGAUUCUGUGCGCACUAAAUGAGGGCUUCCAGACUGAGGUGCGGGGCCGCACGGAGCUGAAGGGCAAGGGCGCCGAGGACACGUACUGGCUGGUGGGCAGACGCGGCUUCAACAAGCCCAUCCCCAAACCGCCCGACCUGCAACCCGGGGCCAGCAACCACGGCAUCAGCCUGCAGGAGAUCCCUGCUGAGCGGCGCCAGAAGCUGGAGAAGGCAAGGCCUGGCCAGUUUUCUGGAAAGUGAAGCCCGGCCUGGGACAGGAUUAUUCUGCAAGAUCCUUUUCCUGAAAGUUGCUGCUAUAGGUGACCAAGAGUCUGACUAAUACCAGUGACUUCUAUCCAGCUCGGCCUCAAAGGAUUCUGGGCCUUUACAAGAGCUUGUUGCGAGUCAGCUGUGUGACCUUGGGAAAGCCUCACGCACUCUCUCGGCUUCCCCUCCAUGCUGCAGUGAAGAGUGGCCUAGGUGGUUUCCACACCCCCUUGACUCUGACAGCUGGGCUUCAGGAUGGUUGGCCUUGGGAUAUGGGGUACUGGGCAUGUGGCCUUCAGCCCCAGUGACCCUGAGCCCAUCAGGGGAUGUUGGGGUGGGGGAUCCUCCACUUUGCAGGGCCUCUCAAGGCCCCAGGAGGAAGGAUCUGGGAUUGGAUGCCCCAACCCCAGAGAAGGUGGAGAUCUUGUGUUCCACCAGAGCAGCGGUUGUCAUGUGGCCUGUGGAUUUGAGGGUUUCUGUUUAGCCACAAGCAUCCUUCCCUUCUCCACUCCCCACCAGUCAGAGACUGGCUCCUUCGCCUGGGGUAUAACCACAUGACUGGCCCAAGUGCAGAGAAAACUUGCUUCAAGGCUUGGGGGAAAGAAAGGGAAACAAAUCACACCAAACCUCUACUAACCAGAACACCCAGGAGUGGCAGUGUUCUCUGUUGAACUGGGCGCUGCUGAGCAGGCAGUUGGACAGAAAAUCCUCCCUGCUUAGAUCUUUGCCACAAGCGUCAGCCCCUCCCAACCUGGUAAGUCCCCGGCUGAAGUUUCUUUUGUGGACCUCUGAUGUUCCAGAGCCUGGACCUUGGCAUGUUGAACUCCAGGUGUCCUUCAUCACUGCUGCAGACCCUGGCAGAGCUUAGCAGCAGCUGCAGCCACCCAGGCUGCCACUCGAGAUAGUGAGCCUCCAGUCCCUGGAGGUGUGCAAGCAGAACUGGAGACAUCUUUGAGCAGGCAUAGAACCGUCAGAAUUCUAGGUGGAAGGAUGAACUAAAUCGUCAUCUUGCCAAAUGUGGUUGGUGGGCCAGCAGCAGCAACAUCAGAUGGGAGCUUAUUAGAAAUGCAGAAUCUCAGGCCUAGAUGUAUUAAGUCACAAUCUGCAUUUUAACAAGUUCCCUCAGAGUACUUAUAUGCACAUUACAGCUUCCAGAUCACGGAACUAAAUGAUCCCAGGAUCCCUAAAUCUCAGAAUCGCUAAGAUUUCAUACAAACCAGGCGAGAAACUAGCCCUGAGACUUGUUUUCAAUGGUCAACGGGGUGGUUUGGGUUUGGGGUUGAGCUAGCAGUUAAAAAUCAAGAAAUAACACAUUGUAAAAAUGUCUACCAAGUUCCCGUCUUCUCUGAAAUCAAAAGCCCCACACAGGGGCAACUGCUGACUUCCCGCUGGAGCUAAAGAUAGAUCAUCCCCUCAUCCCCUCUCUCCAGGGUUUCACUCUUCCAUUUUCACAGUGCCCACCACUUCCCUUGGACUCCAAGACACCAAGAUCUUCUUAACAUCCCUUAUGUAACAGUCUGGCAUCUGUAGGCAUUGGAGCUCAGGACUCUGGACUGGCUGAUGUUAGGAUUACAGGCGCUCCUGGUGGUUGCUUUGCCUGACUCAUGAACUCUGCAAGCUUAAUGGUCUUCCCCUCCUUCGUAAAGGCAGAGAAAGAACGUAUAAGAAAACCUAAAAUCCAGCACUUGUAGGUUCUGGUUACUUAAGGUGGUGCUGCUAUAGUGAGUAAUAUAGUACAAUUAAAAAAAAACAUUUUCCACUGAGUUUGGAGAUGAUGAAUUAAAGAUUUUUUUUAAAACCCUGAUGUGCACGCGCACACACACACACACAAUUUAUUUUUUAAAGUAUGUACAUUCUUAACCAUCUCUCUUCAGAUUUUUCUCUGUACUUAGGUCCCAGGGAUUGAGGGCAGACUGCACUGUGAGCACUGGACCUGACAGCCUUUUCCCUCCUUCCUUCUCCACCCUGGCCCCGCCCUUUCCUGUCCUUCCCUCCCUGCCUGCGAGGGGCCUCUGGUAGUUAAUGGCCUUGAUUGAGGGGCGCUUCAGGAAAGAGUUGUGCAGGAGGAUUAGUGUGAACUGGCUGAGGCAGGGCAUCACCCAGAGGGCAGGAGGAGGAGCUGGGGCCCAAACUCAGUCUGGGGCAGAGGUGGGGCAGGCAGGGCUGAGGGGGUCCCUUCUCACCCUCAGCUCCGCCUUGUUCCCAGGACUCCAUCUCAGAUAUGCCCAUGUGAUGUGACUCGGGGAGAAGCUGGUAAAGGAGGCUGUCCUCCUCCCCAGCUGGGAGAACUCAGGGCCGCCCACCCCAGAGCUUACAGAGCUGGCAGGAGAAGAGAAGGGAAGUCAUUCAGCCUCAGUCUCCUCUGUGCCCCUGGUCUCUCCCUGCCCGGCAGUUUCUCCCUGACUUUCUCCUCCUUUUCCAUGGAACCUGUUUUCCUAGGCCCCAAUCUCCUAGAGCCCUGCUGCCCAAGUCCUCUCCACCUCAUCACCCUGCUGUUCCUGGGACCCAGGCAACUCCCAGCUCAGAGAGCACCUGGCUUGGCCACUAGGCACUCCCCACCCUCGGAUGUGUUUACACUGCCUCUGCCUGCUGGCCAGUGCCAGGAGCCCACGCCUGGGGCUGUCCCUGCCUUCGGGAUGGUCCUCUAGCCGGGCCCAGGUUUGGCCAAAGCAGGAACCUCCCGCAGCUGCUGCUGCUGCUUCCAUCCCAAAGCAGGGAUGCCACAGCAGGUCCUGGGGCUCCUCUGGAGCCUUUUGUCUGUGCUGCUCCUCAGGGUCUGGGCCCUGCUCCCCGUCCCCAUCCGCAGGGGACCCCAGGCACCCCCACUGGGGAAUCUGUGAUGCUGUGUUGUGGGGCUGUGUCCACCGGGCUCUUCUGGACUGUGCCCUCUGGACACCAGGCCGUGUGCCAUGGUGUUGGGUCCUGGUGGGGUGGGGGCUGAAAUAAAGGUCUGCUUUCUU